GGCUGUAGACUUUCAGGCCAUGUCCGACUCGCGGGUCCCGAACUCCGCCUCAGGCCAGGACCCAGGGGGCCGCCGGAGGUCCUGGGCCGAGCUGCUGGCGGGAAGGGUCAAGAGGCAAAAAUAUAAUCCUGAAACGGCACAGAAAUUAAAGGAAUCAGCUGUGCGCCUCCUGCGAAGCCAUCAGGACCUGAAUGCCCUUUUGCUUGAGGUAGAAGGUCCACCGUGUAAAAAAUUGUCUCUCAGCAAAGUGAUUGACUGUGACAGUUCUGAGGCCUAUGUUAAUCAUUCUAGUUCAUUUAUAGGCUCUGCUUUGCAGGAUCAAGCCUCAAGGCUGGGGGUUCCCGUGGGUAUUCUCUCAGCUGCGAUGGUUGCCUCUACCGUGGGACAGAUCUGCACGGCUCCAGCGGAGACCAGUCACCCUGUGCUGCUGACUGUGGAGCAGAGAAAGAAGCUGUCUUCCCUGUUAGAGUUUGCUCGGUAUUUAUUGGCGCACAGUAUGUUCUCCCGUCUUUCCUUCUGUCAAGAAUUAUGGAAGAUACAGAGUUCUUUGUUGCUUGAAGCGGUGUGGCAUCUUCAUGUACAAGGCAUUGUGAGCCUGCAAGAGCUGCUGGAAAGCCACCCCGACAUGCAUGCUGUGGGAGCAUGGCUCUUCAGGAAUCUGUGUCGCCUUUGUGAACAGAUAGAAGCAUCCUGCCAGCAUGCCGACAUCACCAGGGCCAUGCUUUCUGAUUUUGUGCAAAUGUUUGUUUUGAGGGGAUUUCAGAAAAAUUCAGAUCUGAGAAGAACUGUGGAGCCUGAAAAAAUGCCGCAGGUCGCGGUUGAUGUACUGCAGAGAAUGCUGAUUUUUGCACUUGAUGCUUUGGCUGCUGGAGUACAGGAGGAGUCCUCCACUCACAAGACCGUGAGGUGCUGGUUCGGAGUGUUCGGUGGACAGACGCUUGGCAGUGUAAUUUCCACAGGUCCUCUGAAGAGGUUCUUCAGUCACACCCUGACUCAGAUACUCACUCACAGCCCUGUGCUGAAAGCAUCUGAUGCUGUUCAGAUGCAGAGAGAGUGGACCUUUGCGCGGACACACCCUCUGCUCACCGCACUGUACCGCAGGCUCUUUGUGAUGCUGAGUCCAGAGGAGUUGGUUGGCCAUUUGCAAGAAGUUCUGGAAACGCAGGAGGUUCACUGGCAGCGAGUGCUCUCCUUUGUGUCUGCACUCGUUGUCUGCUUCCCAGAAGCGCAGCAGCUGCUUGAAGACUGGGUGGCGCGUUUGAUGGCCCAGGCAUUCGAGAGCUGCCAGCUGGACAGCAUGGUCACUGCGUUCCUGGUUGUGCGCCAGGCAGCACUGGAGGGCCCCUCUGCGUUCCUGUCUUAUGCAGACUGGUUCAAGGCCUCCUUUGGGAGCAUGCGAGGCUACCAUGGCUGCAGCAAGAAGGCACUGGUCUUCCUGUUUACAUUCUUGUCAGACCUCGUGCCUUUUGAGUCUCCCCGGUACCUGCAGGUGCACAUUCUCCACCCACCCCUGGUUCCCAGCAAGUACCGCUCCCUCCUCACAGACUACAUCUCACUGGCCAAGACGAGGCUGGCCGACCUCAAGGUUUCUAUAGAAAACAUGGGUCUCUACGAGGAUUUGUCAUCAGCUGGGGACAUUACUGAGCCCCACAGCCAAGCUCUUCAGGAUGUUGAAAAGGCCGUCAUGGUGUUUGAGCAUACGGGGAAAAUCCCAAUCACCGUCAUGGAGGCCAGCAUAUUCAGGAGGCCUUACUACGUGUCCCACUUCCUCCCUGCCCUGCUCACACCUCGAGUGCUCCCCAAAGUCCCUGACUCCCAUGUGGCAUUUAUAGAGUCUCUGAAGAGAGCAGAUAAAAUCCCCCCAUCUCUGUACUCCACCUACUGCCAGGCCUGCUCUGCUGCUGAAGAGAAGCCGGAAGAUGCAGCCCUGGGAGUGAGGGCAGAACCCAGCUCUGCUGAGGAGCCCCUGGGACAGCUCACGGCUGCACUGGGAGAGCUGAGAGCCUCCAUGACAGACCCCAGCCAGCAUGAUGUUAUAUCAACACAGGUGGCAGUGAUUUCUGAAAGACUGAGGGCGGUCCUGGGCCACAGUGAGGAUGACAGCAGCGUUGAGAUAUCAAAGAUUCAACUCAGCAUCAACACGCCAAGACUGGAGCCACAGGAAUGCACGGCUGUGGACCUCCUGCUGACGUCCUUCUGUCAGAACCUGAUGGCAGCCUCCAGUGUUGCUCCCCCGGAGAGGCAGGGCCCCUGGGCUACCCUCUUCAUGAGGACCGUGUGUGGACGUGUGCUCCCUGCAGUGCUCACCCGGCUCUGCCAGCUACUCCGUCACCAGGGCCCGAGCCUGAGUGCCCCACAUGUGCUGGGGUUGGCUGCCCUGGCCGUGCACCUGGGUGAGUCCAGGUCUGUGUUCCCGGAGGUGGUUGUGGGUCCUCCCGCACCGGAUGCUGCCCUUCCUGUCCCUGCGCUCUUCGACAGCCUCCUGACCUGUAGGACGAGGGACUCGUUGCUAUUCUGCCUGAAAUUUUGUACAGCGGCAAUUUCUUACUCUCUGUGCAAGUUUUCUUCCCAGUCACGAGACAUUUUGUGCAGCUGCUUAUCUCCAGGCCUUAUCAAAAAGUUUCAGUUCCUUGUGUUCAGAUUGUUCUCAGAGGCCCGACAGCCUCUCUCUCGGGAGGACGCAGCCAGCCUUUCCUGGAGACCUUUGUAUCUUCCUUCUGCAGACUGGCAGAGAGCUGCCCUCUCUCUCUGGACACACAGAACCUUCCGAGAGCUGUUGAAAGAGGAGGAUAUUCACUUAACUUACCAAGACUGGUUACACCUGGAGCUGGAAAUUCAACCUGAAGCUGAUGCUCUUUCAGAUACUGAACGGCAGGACUUCCACCAGUGGGCGAUCCAUGAGCACUUUCUCCCUGAGCCCUCGGCUUCAGGGGGCUGUGAUGGAGACCUGGAGGCUGCGUGUACCAUUCUUGUCAAUGCACUGAUGGAUUUCCACCAAAGCUCAAGGAGUUAUGACCACUCAGAAAAUUCUGAUUUGGUCUUUGGUGGCCGCACAGGAAAUGAUAUUAUUUCCAGAUUGCAGGAGAUGGUAGCUGACCUGGAGCUGCAGCAAGACCCCUUAGUGCCUCUCGGCCACACCCCUUCCCAGGGGCACUUCCUCUUUGGGAUUUUCCGCAGACGGCUCCAGGCUCUGACAAGCGGGUGGAGCAUGGCUGCCAGCCUUCAGAGACAGAGGGAGCUGCUAAUGUACAAACGGAUCCUCCUCCGCCUGCCUUCGUCUGUCCUCUGCGGCAGCAACUUCCAGGCAGAACAGCCCAUCACUGCCAGAUGCGAGCAAUUCUUCCACUUGGUCAACUCUGAGAUGAGAAACUUCUGCUCCCACGGAGGUGCCCUGACACAGGACAUCACUGCCCACUUCUUCAGGGGCCUCCUGAACGCCUGUCUGAGGAGCAGAGACCCCUCCCUGAUGGUCGACUUCAUACUGGCCAAGUGCCAGACGAGAUGCCCCUUAAUUUUGACCUCUGCUCUGUUGUGGUGGCCGAGCCUGGAGCCUGUGCUGCUCUGCCAGUGGAGGAGACACUGCCAGAGCCCGCUGCCCCGGGAACUGCAGAAGCUGCAAGAAGGCCGGCAGUUUGCCAGCGAUUUCCUCUCUCCUGAUGCUGCCUCCCCAGCACCCAACCCGGACUGGCUCUCAGCUGCUGCACUGCACUUUGCGAUUCAACAAGUCAGGGAAGAAAACGUCAGGAAACAGCUAAAGAAGCUGGACUGCGAGAGAGAGGAGCUGUUGGUUUUCCUUUUCUUCUUCUCCUUGAUGGGCCUGCUCUCAUCACAUCUGACCUUAAAUAGCACCACGGACCCACCGAAGACUUUCCACGUUUGUGCAGCAAUCCUCGAGUGUUUAGAGAAGAGGAAGAUAUCCUGGCUGGCGCUCUUUCAGUUGACAGAGAGUGACCUCAGCCUGGGGCAGCUCCUCCUCCGCGUGGCCCCGGAUCAGCACACCAGGCUGCUGCCUUUCGCCUUCUACAGUCUUCUCUCCUACUUCCAUGAAGACGCGGCCAUCAGGGAAGAGGCCUUCCUGCAUGUUGCUGUCGACAUGUACCUGAAGCUGGUCCAGCUCUUCGUGGCUGGGGAUACAAGCACAGUUUCACCUCCAGCUGGCAGGAGCCUGGAGCUCCAGGGUCAGGGCAACCCCGUGGAACUGAUAACAAAAGCUCGUCUUUUUCUGCUGCAGUUAAUACCUCGGUGCCCGAAAAAGAGCUUCUCACACAUGGCAGAGCUGCUGGCUGAUCGUGGGGACUGCGACCCAGAGGUGAGCGCCGCCCUCCAGAGCAGACAGCAGGCUGCCCCUGACGCUGACCUAUACCAGGAGCCUCAUCUCUUCUGACAGGACCUGCCACUGCACACCAGCCCAGCUCCUUUGUAAAUAAUUUAUUACAAGCAUAACAUGGAGCUCCUGUUGCACUAAAAAGUGGAUUACAAAUCU